AUGUUGUGGGCGCUGAUCAUUGGUGUUAUACUUGCGUUCCUUCUCGGUGCUGGAAUGGGAGGCAACGAUGUGGCGAACGCUUUCGGUACUUCUGUAGGUAGUGGAGUACUAACGAUAAUACAGGCCUACAUAUUGGCCAGUAUAUUUGAAACGCUUGGAGCCGUACUUGUGGGCUGGUCAGUGACAGACACAAUGCGAAAAGGUGUAGUUGACACGGAACAAUAUGUCGACACUCCAAAGGAGUUGAUGCUAGGACAAGGUGGCAAUACUAGGAGCAUGGUACCGCGAAAAACUUUGUAUAAUCUAGGAUGUGCCGGUUGGCUUCUGAUUGCCACCUUAUUUCGUAUGCCGGUCUCAACCACUCAUGCAUUGGUCGGUUCUACACUUGGCUUCUCCAUCGUUCUGCGGGGAUUUCAUGGUAUUCGAUGGAUGAAAAUCGUAGACAUUGUGGCUUCAUGGUUCUUAUCACCAGCACUUUCUGGCACUAUCUCGGUUAUCCUUUACAUGAUCGUCGACUUCAGCGUAUUAAGGAGGAAGAAGCCUCUUGAAUGUGGCCUCCGUGUGCUACCAAUCUUCUACUUCAUCUGUAUCGCGUUUGAUGUACUAAUGAUUACUCUGGACGGCUCAAGAUUGCUGCACUUUGAUAAAAUUCCUGUAUGGGGUGCUGUCAUAAUCUCUUUGGGAUGUGGUCUCAUCGCCGCCGCUUUCGUACAGUUCGUGCUAAAACCGCGAUUCAAUCGUAAAAUCCAAGCUACAUCGUCUGUAAUGCCCAUAGUGUAUGCGGUCACGGUCAACUCGGACUUGGAAACGGACAAAUACGAUCAACAAAAAAGUGAGAAGGACGUUGAACAAGGAGGGCGCUUCAAAAGCGUGCGGUCGUUUCUGGGCUGGUUCCUCCCUGAUAAAGAUCGUGUUGAAGACGAUCACACAAUCAAACUCUUCUCUACAAUUCAGGUGUUCACCGCAUGCUUUGCCGGCUUUGCCCACGGUGCCAAUGAUGUAAGCAACGCAAUUGCUCCUCUGACCGCUCUGGUGUCCAUAUACACAGACAAGAACGCUCUGCAAGAAGGAGAGGUGCCUAUUUACAUCCUGCUCUAUGGAGUGUUCGCUAUCUGCGUAGGACUGUGGCUCCUCGGACAUCGAGUCAUUCGGACUGUUGGUACCAACAUGUCAGAAAUCAACCCGGCAACCAAGUUUGUCGUAUUUUGGGGUACUGGCAAGGUAGGAUCCGUCGUUGCGGUAGGAGUCGUCAAAUCUCGUAAAGGCAUCGACUGGAGGAUAUUCCGGAAUAUUGUAAUCUCAUGGGUGGUUACUCUUCCCUGUGCAGGACUUCUCUCGGCCGGUCUCAUGCUUCUAUUGAAGCUCGCGCUCUAG